AUGCUCCGUGGCUCCAUGGAUUCUCACAAGGCUGCUCCGAGGCCAGCUAAUCAACGUCGUGCUCGAUGGCGCGAGAGAUGUCGCCGGCUACUGUCUGAACAUAUUCAAAAGCACUUGGGGAUUGAAGUGGCCCCAAGAGAGGUUCGGUUGAUUCCUGAGCCAGAUUCAUUAUACGAAUGGGAUUAUUUGCCAGAGCGACAGCAUUUGUUCCAGAAGCAGAUCAGCAAACACAAUAUUGCAGCAUGCAAAGAGAUUGCUGCCGGGAUUGGAGAAUCCAUUUAUGCCGUCUCACGGGGCGUGCCACGGUCGACGACUGUAGAGACUCAAGUUACUGGAAAUGCUCUCUAUCAAAAUCUGCAAGAAGCCUCAAAAUCGCGCAGUUUUUCAUCUAUCGUCAUGGAGCUCACCGAGCGUACGAGAAUUCAGUCUUCUCAAUUAACAGAAGCUAGAAAGUUAAUCGAGGAAAGGGACGAUACUGUCGGAUGUCUACGGACGCAGAACGAAGAGGGGGAGAGGCGCAUAGUAGAGUUUGAACAACAAAUCGCCACAGCCUUAGCAAGAUUCAGAGACUUCCAACAUUGUGUCAAUACCUUUCAGGAUGACAUAAUGAGCGUCCUAAGAUGA